AUGUGCGCACCCGCCGCCGCGCCAUGGCCGCCCGCCGCCGCGUCCUGCCCGCUCGAAGCUGCGCCAUGGCCGCCCGCCGCCGCGUCCUGGCUGCUCGACGCCGCGCCAGGGCCGCCCGCGCCGCGUCCUGGCCGCUCGACGCCGCGCCAUGGCCGCCCGCCUCCAGCGCCAUGGCCGCCCGCCGCGUUCUGGCGGCUCGACGCGGCGCCAGGGCCGCCCGACGCCGCGUCCUGGCCGCUCGACGCCGCGCCAUGGCCGCCCGACGCCGUGUCCUGGCCGCUCGAUGCCGCGCCAUGGCCGUCCGACGCCGCGUGUAUUCUGGUCUUCUACACAUAG